AUGAUAGAACCAUGGAAUGAUCGUAAUCUGUUGCCGCCCCCCGUUCAUACUUAUCACUGUUUAGAAAGUAUUGAUACGAGAAAUUUACAACGCACUUGUCGAAACGCUAUAAAUGUUUUGUCAAAACAAUCCCCAUUACACAAAGAAGGUGCAAUAUUGUCAAGAUUUUUGUACAAAUACGACAAAAAAUUUCGUAACGAUAUUGGUUACAGAAUUUUCAAAAAAGUCAAUACGGCUCUACGACGAUAUUUAACGAUGCAACCUUUUCGAGAAAAAUUAAAAACAAAGGGCUUACCUUUUUUGCCAAAUGGCUAUGAUAUACCCAGCAAUCUAGAAGAAUGGCUAGAUUUAAAAAAUCAGGAGAAUUUUGGUCGUUUCCAAUGGUCUCGCAAAAAUGUUGUCAAAGUUGACCCAAAUUUAAUAGAACAAACAGAUGGUGAUACAGUUGACAGUUUGAUAAUGUAUAUAAAUGAAGUUAAUGCAGAGGAUGAUCAACUAGACAUAAAACCACAACCUAAUUUAGAGAUAAUAGAAAUAGAACCUGAAAUAAACUUAGCUCAGAAACAUGUUGAUAAAGGGAAGAAAACUUUAGAUAUGAACAGAGUGCAAAUUCUU